AUGAUCCUUCAACUUGCUGCAUUGGUCUUUGGGGCGAUAUAUGUGGUGGUGUUGACAUAUCGAUCCUGGGCAAGACAUCGGAAAGUUCCUGGACCCUUCUUCGCAUCCAUAUCGAAUCUCCCCAGGCUCAGAUGGGCAUGGUCUGGCGAAGCACAUCAUGUUCAUAUGCAGCUGCACGACCGAUUUGGUAGACUUGUACGCCUCGGGCCGAACUGCAUCAGUAUUGACGACCCAGAAGAGGUCCUAAAGAUUUAUGGUACUGGGGUCAAUCUCAAAAAGUCCGAUUUCUACAAGGUUAUGCAGCCCAUGUCACGCGGCAGGGUGAUCCAAGGGCUGUUCAACACCCAGGAUGACGACCUCCACCGGGCUAUGAAGAGACCGAUUGCCAAUAUAUACUCGAUGUCGAAUCUAGUCGAGUUUGAGCCACAUGUUGACACCACUAUUUGUUUCUUUCUGACGAAGUUGGAUGAAAUUUCGGCCAAAGAUGGGCAAACAGUGGAUCUUGGGACAUGGCUUCAGUGGUUUGCCUUUGACGUGAUGGGCGAGAUCACGUUCAGCAAACGUCUUGGUUUUCUUGAUGAAGCAAAGGAUGUCGACGGGAUCAUGGGCAGUAUUCAGAAGGUCUUCAAGUACGCCUCAUGGGUUGGCCAGAUCCCUUGGCUUGACAACAUCUUGGCGAAGAACCCUCUCGCGCGCUUCCUUCCCGAAGGCAGCUCCCCCAUUGUGGCGUUUGCUCUCGCCAGAGCGCAUGAAAGAUCAAACAUCAGCGAAGUAGAGAAAACGACCACGUACCAUAAUACCAAGGACUUCAUGUCUCGCUUUCUGGAGGCCAAGGAGAAGAACCCGGAUAUCCUGGACUGGUUCGUCACUGCUUGGGCGACAUCGAAUGUCUUGGCUGGGAGCGAUACGACUGCCAUCAUGAUGAGAGCCGUCAUUUACUUUCUGAUCAAACAUCCGGACUGUCUUGGUAAGCUGAUGGAGGAACUUUCACAGGCGAAUAGCGAGGGCCGACUAUCGGAUAAUGUCACAUGGAAGGAGUCUCAAAGUCUCCCGUACUUGGAUGCGUGCGUUAAGGAGGCGGGCAGGUUACAUCCUGUCAUUGGGCUGCCGCUUGAGAGGGUGGUGGGUAAAGGUGGCGUGGAGCUUUGCGGCGUGCACUUUGAGGGGGGGACGGUUGUGGGAAUGAAUCCUUGGGUUGUUCACCGCAGCAAGGAGGUCUUUGGGGAAGAUGCAGACAAGUUCAGGCCGGAGAGGUGGUUGUGUGAGAGGGAGAGAAGGGUCAAGAUGGAGAGGUGUCUGUUGACGUUUGGAGCUGGACGGAGGACGUGCUUGGGGAAGAAUAUCUCAUAUUUGGAGAUUUACAAGCUGAUUCCAACUUUGUUUUGGCGGUAUCGGAUGACGCUUGAGGGCGACUGGAAGGUGCAAAACCAUUGGAUGGUUGCUCAGACUGGGCUCAAUGUCCGGAUGACUCCAAGAUGCGGUGGCAAGAAGGAGGUUUCGGUUUGA